AUGCUCACAAACCCCACCCCACUCCACUGCCUCAUAAUCAGCGCCGGCAUAGCAGGUCUCACCGCCACUCUUGCCCUCCUCCGCUCCGGCCACCACAUCACAAUCCUCGAGAAAUCGCACUACCUCACAGAAACAGGCGCAGCACUCGGUCUAGGUCCUAACGCAUCGAGCCUACCCAUCGAUCUCGGCUGGGACCGUGCCUCCUCGGGCGCCAUCGCUGUCAGAGGUCUUACCUCGAUUGAUGGCGAGACUGGCGAGCCGAGAGCUCAGAUGGAUCUGGAGGAGUUUGCGAAGAGGUGGAAGAGUCCGUGGUUGAGUGUACAUGGGGUCGAUCUGCAUCGGGAGUUGAGGAAGUUGGGUGAGAGCGCUGAGGGGUUGGGGAGGGAGGGGGAUGUGGUGAGGAAGGACGUGGUACCUGAGGCGAGACUCAGCCCUGCGGGGAAGAGGUGUUAUAGAUGGCUUGUGGAGAGGGAGAGGCUUAUGGCGGAUUCUGGGACAAUGUUCCUUACUGAGGAGGAGGGAUACAUGAAACACGUCGCUGGGCCGGAGGGGAAGUUUGUGAUGUAUCAUUGUCGGAAGAAUACGAUGUUCAAGUUUGCGGUUUUGUUGCCGGAUGAUGAGAUGGAUGCUGAGGGUGAUGACUUAUACCGACAAGGAAACGAACGCACAGUCCUCUCACGACGCAGCACAUUCGCCCCACCCACACGCAAACUCCUAUCUCUCGCAGGCGAAGAUCUCAAAGUAUGGCAGCUAGUCGACAUGGCUCCACUGUUUGAUAGCGGGCGCUCUGUUCGCAAUGCCGAAUGUUUGUCAUAG